CAGGCCUACUAUUAGUUGCUAACUUAUAAAUUAGUAAUAAUGGAGCUUGAUUACGGUGUAAUUGGAUUGUUCCAAAUUUGUCAAUUACGUAAGCAAGCUUUCUACUGUCAUCUCCUACCGCCUUUCCAUUGCAAGCACCGACUCGUCAUUUGAUUAUCCCAUACAUUUAAGAGGAUAGAGCAAGAUCGGGAAGGAGCAGAGAGAUGGGGUCUUUGCUUAGAGAGAACGAAUUGGAUAGAGUUGACGCAGAAUCCGAAUCAAAUCAACCGAUUCUCUACGUUAAUGGAGUCCGUCGAGUUUUGCCCGAUGGCUUGGCUCACUUCACCCUUCUCGAAUAUCUCCGAGAUACCGGCCUCACUGGUACAAAACUUGGUUGUGGUGAAGGAGGUUGUGGAGCAUGCACGGUGAUGAUUUCCUAUCUUGACCAAAACUUGAAGAAAUGUGUGCAUCUUGCUAUUAAUGCAUGCUUGGCUCCUUUGUAUUCCGUCGAAGGAAUGCAUGUAAUUACAGUUGAGGGCAUUGGUAGUUGCAGAUCUGGGUUACAUCCAAUACAGGAAUCAUUAGCAAAUUCACAUGGUUCACAAUGUGGUUUUUGCACCCCUGGUUUUGUUAUGUCCAUGUAUGCCCUACUAAGGUCUUCUAAAAACCCACCCACAGAAGAGGACAUCAAAGAAAAUCUUGCAGGAAAUUUAUGUCGAUGCACGGGUUAUAGGCCGAUAAUUGAUGCUUUCCGUGUAUUUGCGAGAACAGAUGAUGCCUUGUACACAACUCCAUCCUUAGGCCUUUCGAGCAGUGAGUUUGUUUGCCCAUCAACAGGUAAACCAUGUUCAUGUGGGCAGAAUAUUAAGGAUGCUGAAGGAACUACCACAAUAAGAAGCUGUAGCAGUGACAUUCUAAAGCCAAUCUCUUACAGUGAUACUGAUGGAGCUGCAUACACUAGUAAAGAACUUAUUUUCCCCCCAGAGCUCCUAAUGAGGAAAUCAACUGCUUUAUAUUUGACUGGGUCUAAUGGCCUCAAGUGGCAUCGUCCACUAAGCCUUCAGCAUGUAUUUGAUAUAAAAACAAGAUACCCGAAUGCCAAAUUAGUUGUUGGUAACACCGAGGUGGGAGUUGAAACAAGGCUUAAAAAUUUCCAUUAUCCAAUUCUUGUCCAUAUUGCUCACGUGCCUGAACUUAAUAUAUUGAACAUAAAAGAUGAGGGGUUGGAGAUUGGUGCAGCAGUUAAACUUUCUGAACUAGUCAAAGUACUAAAAUUAGUUAUAGACCAGCGUGCUUCUUUUCAAACUUCAUCUUGCAGAGCCAUCAUUGAACAGUUAAAAUGGUUUGCUGGGACACAAAUAAGAAAUGUUGCAUCUGUUGGUGGAAAUAUCUGUACAGCAAGUCCUAUAUCAGACCUCAACCCUCUAUGGAUGGCUGCUGGAGCAAAGUUUCACAUUUCUGAUUGUAAAGGAAACAUAAGGAUAUGUGCAGCAGAAUAUUUUUUCCUGGAUUAUCGUAAAGUUGAUCUGGCAAGUAAUGAGAUCCUUCUUUUUGUUUUUCUCCCUUGGAACUCUCGAUUUGAAUUUGUGAAAGCAUUUAAGCAAGCUCAUAGGCGAGAUGAUGACAUAGCUAUUGUGAAUGCUGGAAUGCGUGCCUGUCUUUUAAAGAAAGACCAGAAAUGGAUAGUUUCUGAUGCAUCAAUUGUUUAUGGGGGUGUUGCUCCUUAUUCUAUUUCUGCAAUUGAAACCAAGAAAUUUCUGCUAGGGAAGCAUUGGAACAAGGAGUUGUAUCAUGGUUCUUUAGAAGUACUAGAGAAGGACAUUAUCCUGAAGGAUGAGGCUCCAGGGGGGAUGGUGGAGUUUCGAAGAUCUUUAAUCCUGAGUUUUUUCUUCAAGUAUUUCUUGUGGGUGUCUCACCAGAUGGAUGGAUUGCCAGGGUUCAACGGAGCAGUACCAGCAUCUUAUCUUUCCACAGUAAAAUCUUUUCACUCUCCUUCUACUAUAGGAAGACAAGAUUAUGAAAUCGUAAGGCGUGGGACUGCUGUUGGUGCUCCUGAAGUACAUCUUUCUUCAAGGCUGCAGGUUACAGGAGAGGCAGAGUAUACAGAUGAUGUUCCUAUGCCUCCUAAUGGCUUACAUGCUGCAUUGAUAUUGAGCAAGAAGCCUCAUGCACGUAUACUUGCGAUUGAUGAUAGUGUGGCACAAUUUUCUCCGGGGUUCGCAGGAAUAUUUUUUGCAAAACAUGUGCCAGGGAUCAAUAUGGUUGGACCAGUUGUUGUGGACGAAGAACUUUUUGCUUCAGAAGUAGUCACGUGUGUGGGUCAGGUUAUUGGGGUGGUUGUGGCUGAUACACACGAAAAUGCAAAGCUCGCUGCUCGGAAAGUCCAUAUUCAAUAUGAAGAACUACCAGCAGUCUUAUCUAUUGAAGAAGCCAUUGCAGCUAACAGUUUCCACCCUGAAACUGAAAGGUGCCUGAGGAAAGGUGAUGUGGACCACUGUUUCUCAUCAACACAGUGUGAUAAAAUAAUAGAAGGAGAGGUUCAGGUUGGUGGUCAGGAACAUUUCUACUUGGAGCCAAAUAGCACUUUAGUUUGGACUGUUGAUGGUGGAAAUGAAGUUCAUAUGAUCUCAUCUACUCAAGCCCCUAAGAAGCAUCAACAGUAUGUUGCCCGUGUUCUUGGUCUUCCGAUGUCAAAAGUGGUAUGCAAGAUUAAAAGAGUCGGUGGUGGAUUUGGAGGGAAAGAAACAAGGUCUGCUUUCCUUGCUGCCGUGGCUGCCACUCCAUCUUAUUUACUAAAUCGUCCAGUAAAGCUUACACUAGAUAGGGAUAUUGACAUGAUGAUAACAGGACAACGCCAUAGCUUUCUUGGGAAGUAUAAGGUUGGUUUUACGAAAGACGGAAAGAUACUUGCUUUGGAUCUUGAGAUCUUCAACAAUGGAGGAAACUCACUUGAUCUCUCACUUGCGGUGCUUGAACGUGCCAUGUUCCAUUCUGACAAUGUUUAUGAGAUUCCUAAUGUUAGGGUCAAAGGAAAGGUCUGCUUCACAAAUUUUCCUAGUAAUACUGCUUUCCGAGGAUUUGGUGGUCCACAAGGUAUGCUGAUUGCUGAAAAUUGGAUUCAAAGGAUAUCAAUGGAACUGAAGAAAAGCCCGGAAGUGAUCAGGGAGGUGAAUUUUCAGAGAGAUGGUUCGGUGUUGCAUUAUGGUCAAAAAAUUGAAAACUGCACCCUGGAGCGUCUCUGGAAUCAACUCAAGACAUCCUCAGACUUUCUUGCUGUUCAACAAGAAGCCAAGCUGUUCAAUACUCAUAAUAGAUGGAAGAAGCGUGGAGUAGCUAUUAUCCCAACAAAAUUUGGCAUAUCUUUUACUGCAAAAUUUAUGAAUCAGGCAGGUGCGCUUGUCCACGUUUACACAGAUGGAACUGUGCUAGUCACACAUGGGGGCGUUGAGAUGGGACAGGGGUUGCAUACAAAAGUGGCACAGGUGGCUGCGUCUUCUUUCGACAUUCCGCUGAGCUCUGUAUUUAUAUCAGAGACAAGUACAGAUAAGGUUCCAAAUGCAUCACCAACGGCUGCUUCUGCAAGUUCUGAUAUAUAUGGUGCUGCAGUUUUAGAUGCAUGUGAGCAAAUAAAAGCACGCAUGGAACCUAUAUCAUCAAAACACAGUUUUGUUUCAUUUUCCGAGCUCGUCAGUGCAUGCUACAUGGAGCGGAUAGACCUUUCUGCUCAUGGAUUUUAUAAAACUCCUGAUAUUGGCUUUGAUUGGGGAGCUGGUAAAGGGAAUCCAUUCAGGUACUUCACUUAUGGGGCAGCACUUGCUGAGGUUGAAAUUGACACAUUAACUGGAGACUUCCAUACAAGACAGGCAGAUGUGAUUUUGGAUCUUGGAUUUCCGCUGAAUCCAGCUAUUGAUGUUGGACAGAUUGAAGGGGCAUUUAUACAAGGUCUUGGAUGGGUGGCUUUGGAAGAGCUAAAAUGGGGUGAUGCUGCUCAUAAGUGGUUACCAGCAGGAUGUCUGUACACUUGUGGUCCUGGAAGCUACAAGAUUCCAUCCAUGGAUGACGUCCCAUUGAAAUUCAGUAUCUCCCUCCUUAAGGGUGCCCCUAAUCCUAAGGCAAUCCACUCAUCCAAAGCUGUGGGAGAGCCUCCCUUCUUUCUGGCUUCGGCUGUAUUCUUCGCGAUCAAGGAUGCUAUCAUAGCUGCGAGGGCGGAGGCUGGUCUUAGUGAUUGGUUUCCUCUGGAUAAUCCGGCAACUCCUGAACGUAUACGGAUGGCUUGCGUAGAUGAGUUCACAAAGCCAUUCAUCAACUCAGAUUUCCAUCCGAAGCUCAGUGUUUAGGAUCAAUACUGCUCGGGAAAGAGUAGGAAAUCAAAUUUGUGUACCAAUCAUGUCUUAUUGAAUUCUUAUGGUUCAUAUGGUUCUACGGAAAUGCCCUGAACAUGUACAUUGUAUUACAAGAGAGACAUCCAUAUACAACUUCUUCAACUUCCAUAUUUAUGUGCAAAUGUCAUCAUGUUCAUUUUUUUCAUA